UUUCGUGACAUAGAAACCACAAAAGAACCGACAAAUUGAGAACCAAAAAGCAGCGUCAAUGGAAAGCGGUGAAGCAAAGCCUAACGAGACGUGGAAUGGAAAAAUUCAGGCUCCUCCCCUACAACAAAAAAACGUGGUUGUUUGUUUGCGUGUUUGCUGGGCUGGACUUUGUUUUGCAAUGGCAGUGCUGGUGGUGUUGCCCCUUUUGCAGCUGCAGUGUGGCGGAGAUGGUGCGAUGUUCGGACAGUGAGGAUUGAAGGUUGCCGUGCACGGGUCUCUCUCUCUCUGCUUUGAUUGAUUCAUUCCUCUUCCCGUUUUGUUGCUGUUGUUCUAGUCGAAGAUAUGGGGCAUCGGAAUGAUAAGAAGAAGAGGAAGGAAAGGAGUCGUCAUGGACGGAAACGACGAGACUCUGAGUCGGAAGAGAGUGGCUCUGGGAGUGAUGAGUCGGAUAGAAGUGAUUCACCUAAGUUCACGGAAGAGGAGCUUCGUGAAUAUUUGGCUAAGAAAGCUCAGAAGAAGGCUCUGAAAGUUGCGAAAAGGUUGAAGACUUCGAGCGUCUCAGGGUAUUCGAACGAUAGCAACCCGUUUGGAGAUUCUAACCUUACGGAAAGGUUUGUAUGGAGGAAGAAGAUAGAGCGGGACUUGACGCAAGGUUUGACGCCUUCUGAGAUGAGUUUGAAAUCGGAGAAGAAGAGACAGAGGGACAGGAUGGCAGAGAUUGAGAAGGUGAAGAAGCGAAGAGAGGAACGAGCUAUUGAGAAAGCGCAGCAUGAGGAGGAGAUGGCAUUGCUUGCACGAGAGAGGGCAAGAGCUGAGUAUCAGGAUUGGCAGAAAAAGGAGGAGGAAUUCCAUUUUGAACAGAGUAAAGUGCGGUCCGAUAUUCGUCUACGGGAGGGCCGAGCUAAACCUAUUGACAUACUGUCCAAAAACCUGAAUCUCUCUGAGGAUUUUGAUGUCGACGUUAGUGAGCCGUAUAAGAUUUACAGGGGUUUGACAGUGAAGGAGAUGGAAGAGCUGCGUCAAGAUAUCAAGAUGCACCUGGAGUUGGACCGGGCUACCAAUACUCACAUUGAAUUCUGGGAGUCCAUGAUGGUUGUUUGCGACUGGGAAAUUGCACAAACUCGGAAACGAGAUGCGCUUGACAGGGCCAGGCUUCGUGGAGAAGAACCUCCGCAUGAACUUCUUGCAGAAGACUUAGGUCUUCACGGAGUGGAUGACGAAGUAGAUGAUAUGUUGAAGGGCCUGAGUGUCAAAGAACUGAACGAUUUACAAGAGAAAACGGAGUCCAAGAUGCAGACAGGUACUGCGCAGGUGGUCGAGUACUGGGAAGCAGUUCUCAAGCGCCUUCAUAUUUACAAGGCCAAGGCUCGCUUGAGAGAAAUACAUCAAGAACUACUGCGAAAGCACUUAAAGCGUAUUAAAUACGUUGAUGAGACUCGACUUCCCAGUCUCGACCGUGAUGAAAUCGAGAUUGAGGAGGAAAAACCUACCAGUGACUGGGAACCAGAGGUGCUUGCACCCUCAUCAGAACCAGUGCAUGAUCCGCAGACGGAAGACGAAGAAGACGCUGGAAACUAUUCUCCAGAGCCUGUGAACGAAGUUGAUGGAGCUGAGAUAUUGGACCCUGAAGCAGACAAAGCUGAAUUGGAGAGGAAAAGGGCCGAGGUUUUGGACGAGCAGCAACGUAGGUUACAGGAGGCAGCUGCUAGGCCCGCUGCUGCUGAAGAGGAUCCUCUUGAGCUUACACCUCUCGAGCGUGCUUCUGUGAUGAAAUCCAUGGGAGGCAUGGAGGACGGUGACACCAUGCUUGGUCCAGGUUCCGAAGUUAGCCUUGAGUCUCAAGUUUACUGGUGGCAUGAUAAAUACAGGCCUCGCAAGCCUAAGUAUUUCAAUAGGGUGCACACAGGGUAUGAGUGGAACAAGUACAAUCAGACUCACUACGACCACGACAACCCUCCCCCAAAGAUUGUGCAAGGGUAUAAGUUCAACAUUUUUUAUCCCGAUCUCGUGGACAAAACCAAGGCACCGACCUACUUCAUCGAGAGAGAUGGCAGCAAUGGGGAAACUUGUCUUAUUCGCUUUCAUGCUGGCCCUCCUUACGAGGACAUUGCCUUCCGGAUUGUUAAUAAAGAGUGGGAAUACUCUCACAAGAAGGGAUUUAAGUGCACGUUUGAGCGGGGAAUCCUGCACGUGUAUUUCAACUUCAAGAGAUACAGGUACCGGCGGUAGAGGGAUGUUGAAAUAGAGGACAGCGUUUUUCUUCAGUCUGUUGCAUGAACCAAACAGCUCUUCCCAUGGCAGAUGCUGAGAUGAACUUACAGCCGGUGGUGAGUAAGGUAGACAUCAGAUUAUAGGGAGUUAAACUUUUAGUAACUGGGGCUUAAAUACAUCGACAAGAUUCUUGGUUAGGUUAAAUAGUUCUGUAAGACUGUUGGACGUGUACGAAGUUUUCACCAAAUUCUGACUUCAUUCCAUGA